AUGAAUGAUAUGGCUCUUGUCACUUCAACUCCUCUAUCAGUGUAUCAUAGCCUUCCCAAAUUGAAAGUAAGUGCUCAUGAAGAUAAAGGUACAUGUAUAUCACACGAACAAGAUUCACAAUGUCAGAGAUUUGCACCAACCCUUUCUGAGGUAGUUGAAGAGAUCAAACAGCUCUACGCCAUUGCCUUCCCCAUGAUCAUCACAGGCCUCCUUAUAUACAGCAAAUCUGCGAUAUCAAUGGUGUUCAUGGGAAGAUUAGGAAAAGAGGCCUUAGCAGGUGGGUCUUUCUCCAUUGGGAUCGCCAAUAUCACUGGGUAUUCGGUUAUUUCAGGCCUUGCCAUGGGCAUGGAAGCCUUAUCUUCUCAAGCUUAUGGAGCAAAACAAUGGCCUCUCAUGGGUCACACCUCCAACGUACCAUUGCAAUUCUCGUAUCUGCUUGCAAACCAUCUCUCUCUUGUGGCUAAACAUCGAACCAAUUCUUCUCUUUUGUGGCCAAUACCCAACCAUUUCAUCCAUCGCUUCUUCCUAUCUUGCCUUCUCUCUCCCAGACCUCCUCUUCCAAUCCUUCAUCAAUCCUCUGAAAAUUUUCUUUAG